AUGUCCUCCCCCGCCCCCGACGACACCAUCCUCUGGGCAGACGACGAACACCAGUCGGACGACGACGACGACAUCCCCGUCUUCUUUGGCGCCCACAAGCCCGAGGAGCGUCUCCUCCAAACACUUGCCCGCCCAUCCCAGCCCAAAGACUCCCUCCGCCGGAGGACACUGCUUCUCUCGACCGAGAAGCCACGCCACAAGCACGGCGCCCUGUCUGACAGGGACUAUGUCCGCUUGUACAGAUCAGCCCCCAGCGACGAGAGUGACUCGUGCACUACUCCGGCCAGCUUGCGAGGUCCCUCCACCCCUGCCCGGUCUGAACAAGACCCCUCAAAUCUCACGUUUGACUUUGGAACCCUGCGCCUGUCCACGCCGAAUGAUUCUCGAGACCAGGAAGAUUCAGACCCUCCUAGCGAAGGUAGCGACAAGGAGAAUGUGCCCGUGCCGUCCCCGGCUCAAGGCGCGCCGCCAGUAGAGGAAACGUCAUUUGAGCGGUUCGAAUGUGACAAUACAAGGCAUGGCAGCUUGGACUUGAACGACAAAGACGAUAGCAUUGCAGAGCUCGACAUGGGCGGACUCAAACUGUCCGACUUUGCGGACGGAGAAACUGGGGCCACCUAUCAUCACAUUGAUGACUUUGGCUCAUGCUCUUCAGACGAGCCGCAGAAGGAAACGCCAGAUAAAGAAGGUCGUGUCCUCCAACCUCAUCCAUCACUCACCCCCGUCUCUGCGACUCCCGAGCACCAGUCCCUCGAUUUCGAUGACGCGACCUCUCCUCUGGAGGUUGCCAGGGCAGGUCCAGUGGCCAUUCCGGUGCUUCAUAGCCACCACUUUGCUUCUAUCCGUGCCGAUGUAGGCUCCCCUUGCCGCAAUCUCCCUCCUUCGCCGAUGACUCUGCCAGCCCUUGCCCAGGACGAGACGCCUGCCAUCAGACUCGCAAGCAUCGACAGCCCUACCAAAUUGGUGUCGCCCGCUGUGCCCAUGACACCCUCUCAUACCUCGACAGUGCCCCCUGCGGACCUUGUCCAGCGCGGGUCCAAAACUUUGAAAGCGGAAGCGGGAGGCAAAGGCAAGGCCAAGUCCCAACCCUUGGACCACAAACAAUCUACUGCACUCAAGAUGACCAUCAAAAGUCAACUUGACUCUGCCAUACUUCCCAAAGUGGGCGCACCUCGGUCUGACACUAUGCCAUCUUCCGGUCUGCGAUUCUCCUCCGCGCCUUCCGGUCGGACCAUAUCUGCGGGAACAAGCUCUCAUCCAGUGACACGCGAAAUCUCCAAACCGCAUCCAGAGCGACCACAAACUCUUGAAAACAGGCCUGAAUCUCGACCAGCCAGACGCCCUCUUCUCAAGUUUAGCUCUACAUCUGCGUCUGGUGGUAGCGCCAUACCUCGCCCCGCGCUUGCCUCCAAGAGCUCGCUUCCGCGCCCCAAAAAUACUGUCCGAGACAAAAGCAAUUCAAUGUUGCCGCCGCCCUCGUCUAUCCCUCUCAAGCGCCCUGCUGUCUCUCAGCCAGGAGCGCCGCUUCCUUCUGUCAUGGCUCCACCGCGAUCUGUCUUGUCGCAACCGACUAUCAACCACACAAGACCAACGUUGGGUCAGCCUGCCAGAGCCUUUCAGUCUCUAGGGACACCAUUGCGAGCCGCCCCUCUGUUUUCAGUCGGUGUAGGGGGCGAAAUGGUUGCCAUGCCCAGGGUUGGUAUGAAAUCACCUGCAAAGUCAAACAUGUUGCACAAAAAGCAGUUGUCAGACCGGGAAACCCCUCGAAAGCUUGGAACACCCAUGCGAUUCGGGACCCCUCGCCAGCAGCCAAGUGCUCUAGUUCCCCUUGCAGCAUCGGUGCCCUGCGCGGCCAAUUUCUCCACGGCUGGACCGACCAUGACUAUCCUAGCUUCGAGCCCAAUGAGGAGGUCGUCUCCGCACAAGAGCAUGGACGCGGCGCAACCGGUACCUCGAGGAUCUGCUGCCAUGUCCACCAGACACGCAUCUGAGAAUCCCGAAAAUGCUGCCAAUACGACGAGUCCACCCUCUGCUGCUUCUCAGGCCUCAUCAACAGCUCUGAGUGAAUCCAUUCAGGUGGAAUCGUCUCAAUCGUCACGGGCGUCUCCCUCUUCGUCUCCGCGUCCCGCUGCUCGGCGCGCCAAAAGAGCUAGCGCGGCCAAGACUCCAGCAGCAAAAACACACAAGGCGACUUCCAAUCCCUCUUCUACCCCUAGUGCUCCCGCACUCACAGAGAAGCAGCUGAAGACUACUACGGCGCGCAAUACUGCUCGUAAUCAAGUCUAUCACUGCGCUAUCGAUCGGCAGAUUAUACGCCAGCCGGGACCUCGCCCUCCUAGUCCCACGUCUAAAAUCCGCACCACCUCUGACAGAGAGGAGGAGGACAAGAAGAACGCGAGAGAGGUGCGAGCAAGGCGUCGCAAAGGAGAACCCGAAGAGGAUGACAAGCCCGUCUUGGAAAAGAUUGAGGUUCUCAAGGCUCCCGGAGAUGAGGAAGAGUAUACACACUCGCCCGUGAGACCUGCAAAGCGGUCGAGAACCAGCACAGGCAGUAACAGUAGCGAGGGUAGAAAACGUAUACGGUGGGAUAGAGAGAUUCUCGUUAUCCACAGCGAUGGAUCGGGCAAACGGACGCCAAGUGAGAAAGUGGGGGAUGCGAGUGCGGGGAAGAGUUGUAUCAAGACCAAGACGCCCCUUGAUGAACACGGCAAUGUCAUAGACGCACAGAGAUCUGUUGAGGACCUCAAGCGAACAAGGGUUGUCGUUUCAGCCAUUUUCUACGAUGGUGAAGAACCUAUUCCCGCGCCCGCUUCAGCCACGAGAUCCAAAAAGAAAUGA